UCCUUGUUUCCUUGUUGCUGCCGCCCAAUGACAGAGAGAGGAACGGAGCGGCUCUGAAAUGUAACUGAAAGAGAAAGUAAAAAAGAAAAAAAAAACUCAGGGAAGUCACUCCAUUAUCCUGCUUUAUCAUUCAGCGACAGCGCAGCCAUGCUGUUUCCUGACUGCUAGUUCCUAAAAGUUUUACAUUUAUCGACUAUCCGAGGCGACGCAGGUCAAAUCAGCCCCCCGCUGAGUUCAUCUGAGGUGAGACCGGAGGAGGAAAAUGUCCCGCGGCUCCAACGCUGGUUUUGACCGACACAUCACCAUUUUUUCACCAGAGGGCCGACUCUACCAAGUCGAGUAUGCCUUCAAAGCCAUCUCUCAGAGUGGGCUGACAUCUGUCGGAAUCCGAGGGUCGGACAGUGUGGUGGUGGUGACGCAAAAGAAAGUACCGGACAAGCUGCUGGACUCCUCCACUGUGACCAACAUGUUCCAUCUAACCCCUCGCAUCGGCUGUGUGAUGACGGGCCACAACGCGGACAGCCGCUCACAGGUUCACCGGGCCCGAGUGGAGGCUGGAGAAUGGAAAUAUAAGUUUGGCUAUGACAUCACGGCGGACGUGUUGUGUCGCAGACUGGCGGAUAUUUCCCAGGUGUACACACAGAAUGCAGAGAUGAGACCGCUAGGCUGCUGUAUGAUCCUGGUGGCGAUGGACCCCCAGCAAGGCCCCGUCUUGUAUAAAUGUGACCCGGCAGGAUACUACUGCGGCUUCAGAGCCACGGCGGUCGGGGCCAAACAGACGGAGGCCAACAGCUACUUAGAGAAGAAACUCAAGAAGAAGCCAGAGUUGAGCCAUGACAGGGCGGUACAGAUGGCCAUAUCUUGUCUGGCCUCUGUGCUGUCGAUGGACUUCAAGGCCACUGAGCUGGAGAUCGGUGUAGUGACCAAAGACAAGCCUAAGUUCAGGACCCUGUCGGAGGCUGAGAUCGAAGCCCACCUGGUUGCCAUAGCAGAGCGAGAGUAGAGGCGUCCUCACUGGCAGCAGUCAGCCAUUCUUUAGCAGGGGUGUCAAACUCAUUUUCAUUUCGAGCCGCAUCGAGAUCAUGAAUGUCCUCAAAGGGCCGGUUGUGGCAGAAUGUAUUAAUAAAACUACCCAUUAGCAAACUGUUCAAAUUUGCAAUUUACUUCUUAAAACGUAACAACUUUUUAACAUUUUUCUCACAUUGAUGUAAUUUGAUCCUAUAUGAAUGAAGACAGAUUUGACUUUACUGAUAAUAUAAUAUUUAAACACACGUAGAGAUAGCUACGGUGGGCCGGAUUUGGCUUGCGAACCUCGAGUUUGACACCUGUGCUUUAUGGCAUUUCAUGUUCAGUGCAGCUGCACCGCCGAUCACAGUCUGAAAACAGCAAACAGCUUCCUUCUCUCUGGGUAUCAGGAGGAUGGAUCAUGUGCAUCUGAUAGUGAAACGCUGUUGGAAAGGGUUGAUGGAUGCAAAUUCAAUUCAGUUGACAACUCCAAUGAGGUUUUAAUGAUAAAAUCCACAGCAACAAUCCAACAGCUUAUUUGAUACUGUUUCUUUAGAUCCUUCUAAAUUCAUCAACCAGGGGACUUCUUCCACCUCUGUAGCAACACUUCAUAAUAAAACAGGCUAGAAAACAGAAUAA